UAAACAGAGGGUGUUAAGUACAGUCGCACAGGGAACAAGGAAGAUGGAAGCAAAGGGAAAAGAGAAUGGGGCGGCUGCUAUGGCAGCCUACUACAAGGGGUUUGAUCCUGCAGCGUAUCUGCAGUAUAACUACACGCCACCACGGGCUGACUUUGGAAGAAAGGACAGCAUUGUGCCGUGGAAACUGGCAUGUCUGCAUCGAGCUUUCACUGAAGGUGAUGUGAGUGGUGAGCUGCUGGUGGACAUAGGGUCAGGUCCCACCCUGUACCAGGUGCUGAGUGGCUGUGAGGUUUUCAACAAGGUGCUCCUCACAGACUUCCUGGAGGUCAACAGGAAGGUGCUGAGGGACUGGCUCCAGGACGAGGGAGGCUACAGCCUGGACUGGACACCGUAUCUGCAGCACGUCUGCAAGCUGGAGGGACGACGGGCCUCGGCAUGGACAGAGAAAGCUGCCAAGCUACGUCAGGUCGUCACUGACAUCAUCCCCAUCGACGUGCACCGCCCUCAGCCUGUGGCUCCUGACGCCCUUCCUUCAGCAGGGGCCGACUGUCUCGUGUCCUCCUUCUGUCUGGAGAGCGUCAGCCCUGACCUGCCUGCCUUCACCAGGGCCCUGGGCCACAUUGGGAGGCUCCUUCGGCCCGGUGGCCACCUCCUGCUCAUCGGAGCCCUGGGCGAGAGUUACUAUUUUGGGGGGCCUGGGGUAAAAAUCCCAGUGGUCCCACUGAACGAGGCCGAGGUCUGUGCUAGUCUGAAGGAGAAUGGCUACAUCCUGAUCAGGCUGGAGGUUUACACACUGCCUCCGGACAUGAGGGUGGGGGUCGAUGACGUGUCUGGGGUGUUUUUUGUCAAGGCUAAAAAGGAGUAAAAGUUACCAGGGAGAAAAGAUAUUACAUCUGAUUGAUUUAGAUCUUCAAUCAUUUUGACAAAUAUUCCAACUCACUCUGAAUGGGAAAAAAACAAAGACACAAACAUAUGGAUAAAACAUUUCACUUCACUACAUUUUUUAUUUUAGUGGUCCAGUAAAUGUCUUUGAAUAAGAAGGAGACGUUCCCCUUAGUUGAGCUCUCAGUGUUAGAAAUGUAAUUACACAUUGCCUCCUGCAGUUCAAACACAGUAACUACAGCAUAAAGAAUGUAAUGCUUCCAUUUUUGUUUCAAGCAUAUCAGAGUAUUAUAACAUAGCAUUUAAACUGUAUAU